AUGGCACAUAAGCUCGAGUCGGUCACAGCUGGAUCCGCCUUAUCAUCAGGGGCCAGCAUCGCAGGGAGUGUCACGAGUAUGCGAAGUGUGGUUUCGUUCUCUUCAGUCAGGACGAACUUUGAAGUCACCCUGAGAAAUAGUCGGAUAUACAGGCGGGCACUAGUAGAGCGCGUAAAUAAGCCCAGGCCGCCAGCCGAACAAGCCUCCGCUCCAUCAAUUCAACAAUCAUGGUCGGUACUCUCAGGCAUCAGCCUUUCUGAAGUAUCAAACUAUUCUGUUUACUCUUUGCCUAUCUCUCCGCAAGAACUCUAUAAUCCAACUUGGUACACAACAUCCGCCCAGGUUGUCACGCUUCAGCCCAAUACGCCCGAACUCCCAAGCUUGCUCACGGCAACUUUCGCAGAGAGCCUCAAGAUUGCUCUGAAGCACAAGGAUAUGGAGACUGCAAAGACCAUUGCCAACUACAUACCCUGGAACGUCGUCCUGCGAAUGAGUGCAGUAUACCCCACACUCGUAGCUUCGAAGAGCCUUGAGAACGUACUUGAUAGUUUAACUCUUUUCAAAUGGUGGCUGAAGUGUGGAGGUGACAUAAAAGUCAAGGAUCAGGAUGGUCGAACCGCCAUCAUGAAAGGGGUGAAAGAUGAAAAUUGGAGGGUUCUUGAUCUCCUUAUCCCAAAUGGGCUAAAUAUCCACUCGCCAGCAUCCCCACUUCAUAUUGUGUCGGGAGGGGAGGGUAAGGACUUUGUGCUUGGGCUUUAUCAAGAUAUCAAAGCGAAAGAUAAAGUAGAGACAACCCCGAUGGAUUGCGGUUUGGGGGGUAAGCGUGCGUUUGUGGCUAAGGUCCUUCUUGAGCUUGGACUAAAUAUCAACGCCCGAGACAUUGGAGAGGGGACCGCACUCCAUGAGGCUUGCUUGAACGGACAUGGGGAGGUGGUAGAGGUUCUGCUUAGCCACGGUGCAGAUAUCGAAGCCAAGGAUAGGCAAGGCGGUAGCGCACUCCAUGUCGCUUGCAGGAACGGACAUCGGGAGGUGGUAGAGGUUCUGCUUAGCCACGGGGCUGAUGUAAAUGCCGAGAAUGAGCAGGGCGAGAGCGCACUCCAUCACGCUUGCUGGAACGGAGAUCGGGAGAUGGUAGAGGUUCUGCUUAGCCACGGGGCUGAUGUAAAUGCCGAGAAUGGGCAGGGCGAGAGCGCACUCCAUGACGCUUGCUGGAACGGACAUCGGGAGGUGGUAGAGGUUCUGCUUAGUCACGGGGCAGAUAUCGAAGCCCAGGAUAGGCAAGGCGAUAGCGCACUCCAUGUCGCUUGCAGGAACGGACAUCGGGAGGUGGUAGAGGUACUGCUUAGCCACGGCGCAGAUAUCGAAGCCAAGGAUAGGCAAGGCAAUAGCGCACUCCAUGACGCUUGCAGGAACGGACAUCGGGAGGUGGUAGAGGUUCUGCUUAGCCACGGUGCAGAUAUCAAAGCCAGGAAUGAUGCUGGGGCGGCGGCGCUCCAUCGCGCUUCCUUCGGCGGAUAUCGGGAGGUGGUACAGGUUCUGCUUAGCCACGGGGUGGAUAUAGAGGCCAAGGAUAGGCAAGGCCAUAGCGCACUCCAUCACGCUUCCUGGAAAGGACAUUGGGUGGUGGUAGAGGUUCUGCUUAGCCACGGCGCAAAUAUCGAAGCCAAGGAUAGGCAAGGCGAUAGCGCACUCCAUGUCGCUUGCGGGGACAGAAAACCAGAGGUGGUAGAGGUUCUGCUUCGCCACGGUGCAGAUAUCAAAGCUAAGAAUGAUGCUGGGGCGGCGGCACUCCAUCGCGCUUGCUUGAUCGCACAUCGGGAGGUGGUAGAGGUUCUGCUUCGCCACGGUGCAGAUAUCAAAGCCAAGAAUGAUGCUGGGGCGGCGGCGCUCCAUCGCGCUUGCUUGAACGGACAUCGGGAGGUGGUAGAGGUUCUGCUUAGCCACGGGGCGGAUAUAGAGGCCAAGGAUAGGCAAGGCUAUAGCGCACUCCAUCGCGCUUGCUGGAACGGACAUCGGGAGGUGGUAGAGGUACUGCUUAGCCACGGGGCGGAUAUCGAAGCCAUGAAUAACGCAAGGAUGACGGCACUUGGCUGCGCUUACUCGAAGGGACACGGGUCAGUGGUUGAGAUGCUGCUUAGCCACGAGUCAAAUAUAAAGUCCAAGUAA